AUGGCAAGCAGAGACAGAGAGCAAUCCAAAUAUUACAUAAACACGAGAACCCAACUUGCCCGCAGAGACGUCUCUGCCUUCUUUGCCCCUAUUUGGUGCACUUCAUGGGAAAACUCUCUGCUUUGGAUCGCUGGCUGCAGACCCUCUUUGUUUUUCAGGCUCGUUUAUGUGCUUGGCGGGUCAAAAAUGGAGUCAAAGCUCUCUGAGUUCCUCCAAGACACAAGAGAAGGCGGCCUUGGUGAGGUUCUGACGUGCUCGCAGCUCGUUGUGGUCAACAGUUUGCAGAGCAAGACCAUUAGAGAGGAGGAGAGGUUGACAGGGGAGCUGGCAGCUCUGCAAGAGGACAUAGCAGACCAGCCAAUUGCAAUGAUUGCAAAGGGUUUGAGCCAAAGCACUGUCAAAGAGCUUGUGAACAUAUUGACACCUCUUCAGGCUGUUGAUUUUCUGGUGGCAAGUAAGAAGCUUCACUUGUGUGUGCAUAAGUGGGGCAGGAACAGAGACCAAAAGCUUGGGAGGGAAAAUCUGGAAGAUUAA